AUGGAUAUUGUAGUCACUCAUACCAUCACAUCCUCAGAACCAAGUGUAUUGGAUCGAUAUAAGGCCAUGUUGGCCUCAGAUACCAUGAAGCAUCUUAUAUCAGGCGCUAUCGCCGGUGCCCUUUCACGCACGGUCGUAAGUCCAAUGGAGAGAAUGAAAAUUCUAUUUCAGGUCCAAGGUCCUGAAACAGCUGCAUACACUGGUGUCUGGUCUACAUUAAGCAAAAUUUGGAAAGAAGAGGGGUUCAAGGGGUUCAUGAGAGGAAAUGGCACUAAUGUCAUCCGUAUGGUUCCUUACAGUGCUUCUCAAUUCGCUGCUUAUGAACAACUCAAGUCUAUCUUGAUGGAACCAGGUAAAACUGAACUGGAUACUCCCAGAAGAUUAGUGGCCGGGGCCUUUGCAGGUACCGUCUCUGUUGCUUGUACGUACCCUUUAGAUUUAGUACGUACAAGGUUAUCUAUCCAAUCAGCUACGUUCAAACAUGAUGUAUCAACACCCAAAAAAUUACCAGGUAUCUUUCCUACCAUGCGUCUUAUCUAUCAAACAGAGGGUGGGAUCCGUGGACUAUACAGAGGGCUAUGGCCAACGACACUAGGAGUGGCACCUUAUGUAGCAUUAAAUUUCCAAUGUUAUGAGGUCCUGAAAGAAUACUUAAUACCUAUUGACGAUCAUAGUCAAGGAAAUAUCAGAAAGCUAUUCUGUGGCGCAUUAGCCGGAUCCAUUGCUCAAACUAUUAUUUAUCCUUUAGAUGUGCUUAGACGACGAUUCCAAGUGAGUGGAAUGAAUACAAUGGACUAUCAGUAUAAAGGCACAUGGCAUGCCUUGAAGACAAUGACGCAGAAGGAAGGAAUCAAAUCCUUAUAUCGUGGCCUACUGCCAAAUUAUCUAAAAGUUGCCCCUGCUAUGGGUGUAACAUUUUAUUCUUAUGAACUGUGUAAAGAAAUUAUGCAUGCAAACUAA